AAAGCAGCUACUUAAUGCAACAUUGCCAGUGUCUUGCUGGUUGUGUUUUACUGUUCUGAUAUUAAUGCAGUACCUUUGGAGUGGCUUCAUGUGAUCAAACCCAGGGUCUCGUGAAUACCAGGCAGCUACCUUGCUACCUCUUUAGGUUGCAUUCUCAACCUAAGGAUCACUCACUUAUUAGUGAACCAUGAUUUGUUUUGAGCAAGACAACCUGGGCCAAAAAUUUGAAGAUGCUUUUGACAUAUUAAGGCAGCAUUCAACUGAGGAUCUCCAGUAUUCCGAUCACGGAAAUAACCAGCCUCUGCUUAACUGCUGUUCUCAAAUGAGAGGACCCCCUCACUACAUCGGAUUUCCUACAGUGUCCCCCAUAGAGGAACCUGGGAACAACUGGAGAACCAGCAUUAACAGUGCCACUGACUUACAUUUGGAAGGGAAUAAUUCUCCAUUGCUGCAGAACAUAACUGAAGGGCAGUUGGCAUCACCUGGUGCUUUCCAGCAAAAAGGAGGAAAGGGCAGGAAGAAGCUGAGACUAUUUGAGUACCUUCAUGAAUCCUUGUGCAACCCUGAGAUGUCAUCUUGUAUUCAAUGGGUUGAUAAAAACAAAGGCAUCUUUCAGUUUAUAUCCAAAAACAAAGAGACGCUUGCUGAACUUUGGGGGAAAAGGAAAGGCAACAGGAAGACCAUGACUUAUCAGAAAAUGGCCAGAGCCUUGCGGAAUUAUGCACGGACGGGAGAAAUCAUCAAAAUCCGGAGAAAACUCACCUACCAAUUCAGUGAUCUCAUCCUCCAGAGACUUUCACCACCUCAUAUCUCAGGGAAAGAAUUCUUCUACUCUCCAUAUGUCCAACCGGAUCAAAAAUAUCUUACUUUAAAUAAUUGGGAUGCCAAUUACAACUAUGCCUAUACUAAUUACCAGGAGCUAAACUACCCAGUAUACUAACUAUCCUCUGCCAUUUCCUGGUCUCCCAACAUCAGAAAAUGCUGCAGACUUCAAGAUUGUUUUACUUGAGGCAAGCAUACCCCACCUUCCAUAUUCAGAGGUUCCACAUCAAGAAUUCAGCCAACUACGGGUAAAAAUAUUAAAAAAGCAAUUGUGCCUCUUGUUUCAAAGGAAUUUUUCUAAAUGACACAAUAGUGUAAUCGUAGCAUUUAUAUUGCAUUGGUGUUAAAUUUGCUCCUAGGUUAUGCAAAUCU